AUGUCGACGCCAGCCUCGGAGCUCAUGGACGCGGAUUCCAGCGAGAGAGCUGCGCAAACAACCCAGAAGUCGCCUACACAAUUCGUCGAAGAUGAUAAAGUACGUCAUGAUGCCAAGUCAGAAAGUUCUCAAGUGCUGUAUGAGCCGCUCUCCGAGGACAGGCUCGAGAUACGAAUUAUCGAUUUGGAACCCAGUACGGAUUACCACUCAGAAAUUCACUGCAGGCUCAGAAAAUUCAGCCUCCUAGAGGUCAAAUAUGGAAACCCUAGCCUCUUUUGCCUAGAAGCCUUGUCAUACACAUGGGGAAACGACGCAGCACUGACGAAUGUCGUCGUCAAUGGCCAGAGGACUCGGACAACCAGAAACCUCGAGGCUUUUCUUCGACAUCGGAGAGAAACGCACGAGAAAGUGAUUUUGUGGGUCGACGCAAUUUGCAUCAAUCAAAACGACCCGCAAGAUAAGAACAGCCAGAUUCCGAAGAUGAACAUGAUAUACGGCUUUGCCUCUAAGCUCACCAUCUGGCUCGGACCGGAUUCAGACGAUAGUAGCCUCGCAAUGGAGACUUUGGUAAAGCUUGGCUGCGGUGCUCCGUAUGACAAAAUGCCUCUUCUGGAGCGCAACAAGGUGACUGCACUGCAAAAACUUCUCACUCGGCCUUGGUGGACGCGGACGUGA